AUGUCUACUCUCUCUUCUGCCCCGAUAUGGGUACGAGAGACGAAGGGAUUUCCUGUGAAAGACUUCAAGAGCGUCGCGGGAGCAGAUGACGGAACAAUAAGCCUUGUUGUUCAUGCCAGCGCCGAUUAUUAUCAUUCUGGAGGCAAGGUCGGCACCUACGUGAAUGCCGCAUACGCGCAGCGUUUUAUGGACGAUCAAAGGGCGACUCAAGAGCUCGUCAUGCUCGAACCUUCCAAAGGCGUGAAGCUCUGGAAAGCCGCAUUCGACGCUCGCACACCUACUGGCAUGAACACCACACUCUGGAGUCUGACCCAUGCGUUUGGCACGGUGAUGGACUUCGCCAGGAAAACCCGACCAGUUUCCCUCUCAAAUCCUCAUCAUCCACUGUUGGUGCACUUACGUGCCGGAAUAUUCAAGCACUGUCAACGAAUCAUAACAGAAGACACCUUCGUGCAAGAGCAUCCGGCAAGUCGUUCUCUCACUUCAGGAGCCAUCAAUGCUACUGACACAGGGCGCUCUUCUUUGCAGUUUUUUGUUUGGAGGAUGCUCGGUAUCAUCUCAACAUUUUGCUUGUACUACCAGGAAAAUGUAGAUGGGCCGAUUCCCCCUUCCCUCAAGGCUUGUGUACCAUCCAGAGAGGACGUUCUCAUGCUUCCAGCGAAGCUGUGGCACAUGUUAUCCGUACGCCGGGAUAUUUUCACUGAUGGCGACCUCUACGACCGCAGUCUUCCUGGAUCGGCAUCCAAAUUUCGCGAAAAUUUGCGGGUACUUCUGCAUGCGUUCUGUCCUGUCAGACAGGUGCGAAUUGUCAAUGCACACGACCUGCAUAUCAAGGGCCUUAAAUACCUUCGCAGUCUAUUACUGCUCGCCUGGUUCUCCGGGACUCAAGAUGGGUCGGACGAAGAGACGCAUGCAAAUAUAAUAUUGCAGUACGCAUGUAUACUCUGGUCUGGCAAUCAACUUCCUACUGGCCCGUUAUCCGGUGUCUCCGAUGACGAAGUGCUCGAGUUCUUUGAGAAGGACGUCAUCCCCGUGUACGGAUCAGAGAGCUUCCUCGCUCGCUUACGCGUGACUCUGGAGUUGCUUGAAGCAGACGACGACGAAGGGAGCACGAUGACCACGUUCAGGGAUAUCUCAAGGGCACUUAUCCACCCUGCAUUCCGCGCUCAUCUCGUAUCAUCUGGAGUAUUGGAAAUCGUAAUGCGCAAAUUUAGGAAAGUGUUGGACGCGUCAUCGCUGGAUACGGAUGAUAUGAGCACCCACAUCACGCUCUUUCCGACUAUACUACCAUUCAUAAAUGGUGUGUCAAAGCCUGCGGAUGCUAACCCUCUCGUGGCGCAGCUCCUGCGCGAGUAUGACAGCAUGCUCUGGGUAUCGACCGGUUUACUGUCAUCAGCACGAUUGAAUGCGAAGAAUACGACCAGUGUCACGGACAUAGUCCGCACCUAUCAGGCCAUGGCCCAGCGACUCAAGCGCCAGGAUGGUGAUGAGGCAACAUAUAAGCUUCUGCUCUCUUCGCUGCGCCGGGUGUGGUAUGGAACUCUCGCUACAUUACACGAACUGCAACAACAUCAUUAUUCUACUUCACGAGAAGGUCUCGUCUUGAUGUGGCGACGGUUUGGACUUGCGGCUGGGCUGGACGAAGACAGGGAAAAGAAAGAGUUCGAGAAGCAUGCCGAUAAACUAUGUUCUUGGACGACUUGUCCGCACCACGUCUCAUUCUCGAAGACCUCGACAUCCUUCUGCAAGGGUUGUGGAAAAGCUCGCUACUGUUCUCGCGUUUGCCAGCAGAAGGACUGGAAAGUCGGAAGGCAUAAGCAAGCGUGCCGCAGGUUGAAGGAUGCAUCAGCUGCUGUUUGA